AUGCAUUCCCACGCGGUUGCCAUAUUUGCUGCUCUUCCUGCUGUCUUCUGCGGCCUGGCAGGAGCGUCAACCUCCAAUGAUACUCAUUUUGAUGUUUUAGACUACAUCGACCCUCUUAUCGGCACUGCCAAUGGAGGACACGUAUUUCCCGGAGCCAGCCUGCCAUAUGGAAUGGCCAAAGCCGUCGCUGAUGUAAACAAAGAGCUUCAAGGUGGCUUUACGUCUAAUGAUGCCGACAUUACCGGGUUCUCACACAUGCAUGAUAGCGGAACUGGCGGAGGAGCUUCGAUGGGGAACUUCCCGCUGUUCCCACAAACUGGAUGCGAGGGUGAUAUUGUGAACAACUGCUACUUUCCAAAGUCAUUACGGGCUUCUCAGAGGAUCAACGGAACCGUCAUAGCAAGACCGGGCUACUUUGCGAUUUCGAUGAACACUUCAGUGCACGCGGAAAUGACCGUUACUAACCACACUGCCCUGUAUAAGUUUACGUUUCCCACCGAUGGAAGUCCUACGAAGGCUGGUGGAGCUAAAAUGCCAUAUAGCCCAAUAAUUCUUGCUGAUGUAACAGAUUUAGCUGACUCGAGGAGUAAUGGAAGCAUUUCGGUGGACCCAAAGUCGGGGAGGAUAACGGGCUUUGGAACGUUUAAUCCGUCAUUCGGCAUCGGGACUUACAACUCCUACUUUUGCGCUGACUUCGAUGGAGCCCAGGUCCGUGAUACCGGAAUUUUCAUGAAUAACCGCGCCGGAUCUGAACCAAAAUCUCUCAGUUUACCUAGUGACGGUAACAGAGUGCCAGGUGGCGCCUGGGUUCAAUUUCACCGUCCAAAGUCCAACCAGAUCCAGGCCCGAGUCGGCUUGUCCUUUAUCAGCACGUCACAGGCUUGCAAGAAUGCCGAGCGAGAGGUGCCUGAUUUCAACUUUCAGGGUGCGAGAAAAGCAGCAGAAGCUGCAUGGCGAGAAAAAUUGAGCGUCGUCAAAGUCAACAAUGUCGGAGUGUCCAAGUCCUUGCAGAGAACGUUUUGGAGUGGUAUCUAUCGAACCCUUCUCUCCCCACAGGAUUAUACUGGGGAGAAUCCUUUGUGGAAGAGUGACGAACCGUAUUUUGACUCGUACUACUGUAUCUGGGACAGCUUCAGAAGUACUCACCCAUUACUUACUUUGGUUGACCCACGCGCACAAGCGCUAAUGGUUCGAGCACUGAUUGAUGUGUAUCGCCAUGAAGGCAAGCUGCCCGACUGCCGAAUGUCCCUUUGCAAAGGAUUCACUCAAGGUGGAAGUAAUGCGGACAAUUUGCUCGCUGAUUCUUAUCUCAAAGGAUUGAGAGAUGACGAGCCUGCUAUAUGGACUGUCGAGGGUCGUGGCGGACUUCAUAGCUGGAAAACCCUCGGCUAUAUACCGACAGACGACUUUGACCCGUACGGCGUGGGCAUAUUUACUCGAUCCAUCUCUCGAACUAUUGAGUAUUCGUAUAACGACUUUUGUAUCGCAGAAAUGGCCAAAGCAAUGAACAAGACUGCCGAGGCGGAAAAGUAUUUGAAGCGCUCUGCUAAUUGGAAGAAUAUGUUUGACCCAAAAUCUCGCUCGAAACUAAAUACUACUGGAAGCCAUAGCGUUGCAGACUUAGUGGACAGCGGCUUCCAAGGAUUCUUGCAGCCACGAUACCUCAACGGAACGUUUGGAUAUCAGGACCCAGCUAUUUGCACUGAUCUUUACAAUUUCACCUCGUGCUACCUCAACCCAGAUGGACACGAGACCUACGAGGCAGGAUCUUGGCUAUACACAUUCUACGUUCCACACGACCAGGCGACGCUCAUAACAACGCUGGGGGGGCCAACCGAGUUUGUCCGUCGCUUGGAGUUCUUGCACAAUACUCCGGGACUGUUCUACAUCGGUAAUGAACAAUCAUAUCUUCUUUUGUAUCUGUUCCACUUUGUAGGAAAGCCGGGCCUGUCCUCACAGUACGCCCACAAGUACAUACCCAGCGCCUUCAACGACACGCUGCCCGGUAUUCCAGGUAACGAUGAUUCAGGCGCGAUGGGAAGUUUUACGGCAUUAUCUAUGAUGGGCUUAUACCCGAUGAGUGGUCAGGAUGUGUACCUCAUCAUCCCGCCGUUCUUCCCAGAAGUUGCUAUAAAAAAUCCCGUGACGGGAAAGGUGGCAACAAUUAAGAACAUUAACUUUGACCAUGGGUACAAAAACAUUUUUAUCCAGAGCGCGAAGCUGAAUGGAAAGCCGUAUACAAAGUCGUGGGUAACUCAUGAGUUUUUUAACAAUGGUGGACUUCUGGAGUUGACAUUGGGUUCGUCUGAAGGCGGAUGGGGCUCAGGGAAGGAUGAUAUUCCGCCGAGUGCAUCUACGCAUUUCUGGAAUUGA